GAUGACAAUGGGGUCGGGCCCUAUAAAUCCGAAAGAACUCCUGAAGGGGCUGGAUUGCUUUCUCGGGAAAGACGGGGAGAUUAAGAGCGAGGAGGACGUCAUUCGGAUAUACAGUCUGAUGAAGGAAUCGAGGAAACUCGUGAGCAGAUGCACUUAUUUGAACAUCAUUCUGCAGACCAGAUCCGAGGACAUCUUGAAUCGGUUUAUCGCGGUGGGGGGCUAUAAGCUGCUAAACAGCUGGCUGGGCUAUUCCAAGACCAACAACAACCUCCCUCUGCUCCAGCAAAUCCUCCUGGCUCUACAGUUACUGCCUCUCACUGUCGACCACCUCAAGCAGAACAACACGGCGAAGAUCGUCAAGCAACUGAGUAAGACCUGCGAUGACGAAGGGCUGAGGAAACUCGCUCACGUCUUAGUGAACCACUGGAUGACAGUGAUUCGCUCUCAGAGCACCGGUGCCGGUGUCCCUCCAGAGAAGCCGGUGGAGAAGAAGAGAAGGAAAGAGGAGAGAAAGGAGGAGGGGAAAGUCCGAGCCCCCGUGUCCGAGAGAGUCCCAGAGCCAAAGUGUGACUUGCGGCCGGAGCCCAAACUGGAGGAUGUUCUCGAGAAGAAACGGGAGAAACCCAAAUCCCAAAGGACGACAGCCCCCAGCCACGCCAAGUUCAGGUCUACAGGCCUGGAGAUGGACACGCCCACACCUAUUCUGCCCAAAAAGCUGCUUCCUGCUCCCGUGAUCUCUGACAAGUACAACAUCAAACUGAUGCCCGUAAAGAGACAGAGCCCGAUGGCAAACUCUCUUUCUCUGGCACCGGUGGAGAAGAAAUACAAACCCUUGAACAUGACGCCUAACUCGACCAAGGAGAUCAAAGUCAAGCUCAUCCCCCCGCAACCGAUCGAGAGCACGGGUUUCCUGGAGGCUCUGAACUCGGCUCCUGUCCACGGCUCCAAGAUCAAGAAGAAAAAGAAGGUCACCUCCCCCACCAGCAACAAGGGUAACCCGUUUGACCCGAAGGCCAGCCCGGAGCGGGGCAGCACGAAGCCAGCCUCCCCCGAGCUGGUGAUGGAGGAGGCCAUGGAGGUGGAGGGGCCUGGGACCCCCGUCCCUCUCGAGGAGGUCACUGAGCCCAUGGACACGGCUGUGGAGGAGCAGAGUUUGGGGUGA